AUGCGGUCAGUAGCCAAAGGAGUCACCACCAAUAUUCGUAAAUUAAUCGAGGCUCGGCCGAAAGUCUCCGGACAGACUGUCUAUUUGACACACGUCAAAUGGGUCACCGGAAAAGGUUUGUCUCGUAUUUUAACAAAAUGUAUCGAAAAUUUGUUUUCAGCACAAUUAGAGCAUUAUUUCAAGCGAUACGGGUCUAUUCAAAGUGUUAACAUGUUUUACGUAUGUUUUCUAUCAUUUUUCCCCGACAAAAGUGAUUUUCAGGAUCCCGAGACGGGUCUUCAUCGUGGAUUCGCAUCGAUAACGUUCGAUUCGAAGGACGGCGCAAACAGGGCGAUCGAACAGCGGCCGCACGUCAUCGACGGCGAUCGGGUCAGUUCUGGAACGGGUUGUCACUGAAACUUUGAGUGAAAGUUGAUCACAACUGGUUUCUGAUCGGAAAUCAUUCAUUCGAUUUAUCGUUUACAGGUCGACGUGGAGCCGUACAUUCCGCUCAUCUCGAAGAACAAAAAGAAGGACCUGAUGCUCUGA